GAAUAUUACAAGAUGUCGGCGAUAAUCUAGCGCUUUUUGUUUGACAAGUUCGCAUUCCCGCAUCGGUUUCUAAAUAUCUUUGAUGGGCGCGCAAAAGGGUAUAAAUCAAAUUUUAAUCAAAACAGAAUAAGUUAAAAGGCAAAUGCAAUAAGAUUACAAAACAUGUAUAGAAUUUACAGAUCUUUAGGUUCCAAAUGAUUUUGUAAAGAUGUGUAUGACUUUAAAAAGUAAAAACCAUUGUUUUAGUUGGAUUGAAGUACUUGAGGUUGCAAUGGAAUUUAUGAAAGAGAAUGGUAUUGAUGCUUCUACAAGACAAAUCAUUUUGAUGUUUGAUUUUAAUCAGAAGCGGAUAUUAUUACACAAUUUUAAGCAGAUGCAAUUGUAGAUACCAUUUCUGCAGAAAACACUAAGUUAAUCACAAUAUAAGAGAACUAUUUCAACUAGUCUUAAAAAUAGUGAAAUUUUUCUUAAAGAUGUCCAUGAAAAGGUUUCAUCUAUUAGACUAUAGUUAUUUUUAUAAUAUAUUAUUGUGGAUCACUAUGAAAUUUAUUUACUAGACUAAUAGCAAACAUAUAAUAUUUGAUAAGGCUAUAUUAAAUUUGAAAUUUUCAAAUACAAACAUCAAAAAAGCCAAGUAUAUAUAUUAUUACACCUUAGAGUUACUUGGUAAAAAAUAUCAAUUGCUUCUUAUAUUAAAGUAAGGAGAUACUGUGAAACAAGAAAUCAUUUAUAUGUAUUAUGUUAUAUGUAAUAGUUACAGUUUAAUAUUCUUAUUUUUUUUAAAUAGACACCAAAAGAUUUUGAGCAUGGUAAAAGGCCAGAGGUAAUUUAAAGCUCCAGACUAAAAAGGAAUACUUAGAUAGAUAGACAGUUCCUUAUGCAAAGUAUAAUAUUCAAAAAGGAUACAAAUAUAAAGGAGCUUUUAUUUCAGUAUUUGGUAUAUAUUAAUUUGUUUUUACUAACAUAAAUAUUAUAGAUAUUCAUCAUAAUACAUAUAUUUUAUUUUACAAAUAAUAUAUAUAAGAUAUAUAUAAGAAUUCUUUAUACAUAUAUUGAAAGUAACAUUGUUUGUGAUCAUAAAAAUAUGAUUAUAUAUUUUAUUUAGAAGUGAGAAGAAACAACAAGAUAAUAUGCAGAUCAAUGAUAAUAUUAAUACUAAAGUGUUUAUUAAAAGAUAGAACAUAGCCGAUAUUGAAACUAAUUUGUAUAAAGAAUUACUUUUGUUUCUGGAUUUCUCAGAUAUUGAUUUUGAUGAAUUGGUAUAACAAGAAAUAAGAUAACAGAUGUUACUAUAUAUACGUAUGUACGUAUUUGAAUAUUUAUCUAAUAUGUUCUAUUCAUAUUUUAGGCUGCUAUUAUGUAACUUCUUCAACUCGUUUACAGUAUUUUAAGUACCCAUCUAAUAAAGUUUAAUCGGAUUAUAUUUGAAAUAAUAAUUUUACUUUUUGUACGAGAUAUCUCGUACUUUCAAGCUAUGUGUGAAAGAAAAAUAUGCGAUAUAUUUUGUAUACGCGCAAAGAACAAAUAUUAUGCUAAAAGGAUCGUGAAAUAAAAUUCUGCGCGACAACGAACUUCUUGCGAAUUCCUAAUUAGAAGACGUUCGACCCUCAGAAUGAAGCCCACCAGAAACUGAUGACAUUAUCGAACCUGAAUAUGGAAAUGACGAGGUCUCCUGCCCACCUAACACCCACUCCAUUCCUCAUCAAAUUCUCCGAAACUGUCUAUCAAACAACAGUACCACAGUAACGAUUGUACAUUUCUAUACAUUUUAUAUAUUAUAAAAUAUAUCUAUACAAGGAUGUUCUUAACAAUGAGUACUUGGCAUUAGUCAUUGCAUUUUAAACCUCUCUUGUAAAAGGAAGAUUAUUUUUUCCAAGAUAAGGUUUUUCUUUAGACAUAUUUUAUUCAAAAUAUCUUAUUCUUUAUGCUCUUUCUGUGAGAGGUUUAGAUUCCAUAGUUGCGUGGAUACUGUUAGUCCUAUGGUUUUGAUACAUCCUGUAUAACGUAACGGCACUCACUUUCAGUACGAGUGCCUGCGGUGAGCGCGAAUCCGGUGCAAUCUCAGUCAACGAAGAGACGCCGUCUCGCGUAGAUCAACAGGUGCUCUUUCCCGUGCAGAACACGUUCACCAGCAUGGGAAUCGCAUACGCUUGUAGUGUGGUGGCUAUGCUUGCCGUAAUCCUUCUAACAGUGGAGGCUGGUGACAUGAUGCGGAAGAGCAUUGUUUUCGACAAAAAUACUCCAGAUGUGUUCUACUGCCCGCAACAGAAACCGACUGGUUUCCAGAAGAUGAUCGUGAACGCGAAACCGUUGUCAAGGCUUUGCCAAUUCGAGGGGAAACCGAUCCCACCCGAUUACAAGAGCGACUGUUACAACGACGUGGACGAGACCGAAUACGCGUGCAAAGAGAAGUACAGAAUUAUGAUGCGACUACAUCCACCAGGAAGUGAAACACCAUAUAAUGGUUCACGUUUAACAAAAUUCCUAGCUUUUGAUAAAGAUAUCUAUAAGAAAAGGAAUCAAAUUGAAGAUAGUGAUUAAUAAGAAAAAUUUAUCAUAUAUGACAUAAUGGCAUUCUUCUAGGGCAAUUAUUGGCGAAUAUUCUAAUACCAAUUUAAUAUUUUUUUAUAUUCUAAUUGCUUUAACCAUCUUUUUAAUUUACUUGUAAUUUAAUUUUUUAAUUUCCUUGAAGUGUGUCUUUUUCUUAAUUGAUUUUAUCGUAGUGAUAAGAUUCAUACAAUCUUUCAUAAUAUCAAUUGUAAAUAAUUCAAGUUACUUUGUGAUUGAUGGUUAAAAAGAACACAUGCUCAUUAUUAAUUGAAAUGUUUAACGUUCCUAUUCACUGUAAAGUGUACAAAGCUUAUUUAACAUAUUUUUGUAAUAUAUUUGUAAUAUAUGCGCCAGAGCUUGUAAAGCGAGAAAAUAAUAUAUACCAACGAGUACUAUUUUCGACUUUGUAAAUUAUUACAUGUAAAAUAAAAAACAAUUUCAUAUA